AUAAUCUGACCACUAUUUUGUGCGUUUUGUUUUAAAUUAAAUGAGAAUCGAGGUGAUUUUGGUGGGCCUGCUAACUGUCACUUUGACGUUAGCAGAGCCGCAGCCACAUCGUGAGCCUCACAAGGUGAAGGUAGUUCGAGAAUACAAAACUCAUGAAGAAGGCCCGCACGAAAUCCACCGCGAGAGGGUAGAGAGGCACGGCCCCGAGCAUGGUCCUCAUGAACGACACCAUGGACCAGAACAUGGUCCUCAUGAACGACACCAUGGACCAGAACAUGGUCCUCAUGAACGACACCAUGGACCAGAACAUGGGCCUCAUGACCGACACCGUGGCCCUCAUGACAGGGACGAUCACGAAGACCACGGCAGGAGGAGAGGGCCCCACGAACACGAGCACAGCGAGUCCAAAGAGUACAAAUCUCACAGCGAGAGGAAGGUGGUCAACGGACGCGUCGUGAAGGACGACUCUUCAGAUGAGGAACGCGAGUGGGAGGAUGGCAGGAAGACCAGGGACAGCCACCAUGAGCAUAGGGGACCCAAGGGCACUGUCCGUAAAGGAGUGAGACUGGUGUCCGACAUCCUGAUGAAAAUCUUCGGAAAGAAAGUGAACAAGGAGGGAAGCGACCUGCUUUUCAAACUUACUGGUCACGAUGAUGAGGAUGAGGCCAUGGACUACAUCCAGAAUUUUGCUCGCUUCACCAGCCGCCAGCAAUGCCACGAGUUCAUCAGGAAAUUCCGUGGAUCCAGGUCUAUGGAGUUCGUUACGGAGUUUUUGGAGCAGAUGGAAGGCUCCACAAAUGUCAAAGUCUUGAUAGACAUCGCACAGACCAUAACCGGGGAAAAGGAUGUAACAAAGGCUUUCAAUGUGAUCAAGAAGCUCACAGGACACGCAGACUUCGACGGCAUGUUUGAAAUACUGCAGCUCAUUUCCGGAGACAAAGAUAGUCACCAAAUCGCCGACUUCUUCAAGCACAUCGGCCACCACAAAGGUGGUAAAGGAGUGGCCGGUCUGAGGAGCCAAGUGGACAAACUGACGGGAGGCGUCGGUCCUUCAGAAUUCCCUGAAGUAUUGGCCAACUUGAUGGACGAAGUUGACAUGAAAGGCACAUUCGACACCAUGAUAACCUGUACAAGGGCCUCAGAGAUCGGAGAAGCUAUCAAGAUCUUUAACCAGAUUCUGAGGACGGACAGUUUCGCCAAGAGCAUCGUCUUGAUGAAGGAAGCCACUGGACAGAAACAAUUGAAGUACGCGAUAGAAGACCUCACCCAAGAAAUCAGCAGGACGAGUCUCCGAAUCAUCGUGGAGUCGCUAUACAAGAUCACUGGUCGCGCCAACCUUCGGCAAGUGCAAGCACUGUUCAAACGCCUCUUCAAGAUUGACAAUAUCGUCGCUGUGAUCGCCAGGAUCAACAAAGUGAGCAAGCGCCGCGACGCCAUCUUCUUCCUGACGUCACUCCUUGACAUCACCCAAACGAAAAACCUUGAAGACUGCAACACCGUCAUCAAGGGACUCUCCAGUGAUAAGGAUACCACCAUGCUGGAUAUCCUGGAGCAAAUCAGGAUAAAGACAGGACACGAAGACAUCAUUGACUUCUUCAAGAAGCUCAUCUCUUACACUGGAACCAAAUCGGUGCAACAAGCCUGGGAAAUCAUUCGCAAGGUUACUCAAACAAUCGACAUCUUCGAGUUCUGCAGACGCGUGUAUAAGUUCACGAAGGUGGAAAUCAUCAUCUUCAUCGAAACUAUCAUAAGGAUCACUAAUUCGACCAGCUUCAGUUCUGCUGCCCAGAAGUUCGUGAAAAUCACCAAUGCGAAACAUUUCAUGCAUUCGUUGGAAAUCAUCUACACGAUCAUUGAAAUGGAUAUCAUCAAGUUCUUCGAAAUCAUCAUUACCAUCAGCAAACGAUUCUACUUCGAGGAAUGUAUCACCAUAAUUGAAGAAUACACCGAGUGCAAUGAUUUCAUCACAGCGUUGAAGAGAGUGAAGCGAGCUACCGGACAGAAAACUAUCGUGUCGGCCAUAGAGCACAUUAAGCAGAAGAAACCUAAGGCCGCCACCUUCACCUCUACCACCGAAGCACCCACCACUACUCAGGCACCAACGACCAAGGCCCCUGUGACUAAGAAACCAGGGAAACCUCACCCAAGCCCCCACCAUCACCCAAGGAACCCCAGGAAACAUGGCCGCCACGACACAGAUAAAAACUUUGAUGAUACACAAGGUACUUACAUAAAAGAUGAAGAAUACUCUUACUUCAAUGAUGAUGACGACGACAAGGGACCAGGUGACAAGGGACCAAAGGGACCAGGAGACAAGGGACCAAAGGGACCAGGAGACAAGGGACCACAUGGACCAGGAGACAAGGGACCACAUGGACCAGGAGACAAGGGACCACAUGGACCAGGUGACAAGGGACCAAAGGGACCAGGAGACAAGGGACCAGAGGGACCAGGUGACAAGGGACCAAAGGGACCAGGAGACAAGGGACCACAUGGACCAGGUGACAAGGGACCAAAGGGACCAGGAGACAAGGGACCAGAAGGACCAGGCGACAAGGGACCAAAGGGACCAGGAGACAAGGGACCAGAAGGACCAGGCGACAAGGGACCAAAGGGACCAGGGACAAGGGACCAAAGGGACCAGGAGACAAGGGACCAGAAGGACCAGGUGACAAGGGACCAAAGGGACCAGGAGACAAGGGACCAGAAGGACCAGGCGACAAGGGACCAAAGGGACCAGGGGACAAGGGACCAAAGGGACCAGGUGACAAGGGACCAGAAGGACCAGGCGACAAGGGACCAAGGGGACCAGGAGACAAGGGACCAAAGGGACCAGGAGACAAGGGACCAGAAGGACCAGGCGACAAGGGACCAAAGGGACCAGGAGACAAGGGACCAGAAGGACCAGGUGACAAGGGACCAGAAGGACCAAAUGACAAUUGGAUAUCUGUGCCAGGACAACCAAGUCAACCAGGUUUACCAGGGCAACCAGGACAAUCAGGACAACCAAGCAUACCAGGACAACCAGGUCAACCAGGACAACAAAGCAUACCAGGACAACCAGGUCUACCAGGACAACCAGGACAACCAAGCAUACCAGGAGGACCAGGGCAACCAGGACUCCCAGGAGUGCCAGGGCAACCAGGGCAACCAGGACAACCAGGACAACCAGGGCAAUCACUCGAAGAACCAGAGUGGGACGAACCACGUUAUCCAUACUAUCCAAGACCAG